GUCAGCUUAGUAGUGAUCCUAGCACUGCUUGUUAUAGCAGAGAAGUCGAGUCCCUCUUGUUAUUGAUCCUAAUUCGCGUUGGAUUCGGUUAGUGCAGAACGUUAAAGAGUAACCCUGUAGUUGGAUUACUAGUUCGAUUACACUGCGCGUUGGAUUUGGUUAGUGCACGACGUUAAAGAUCCAAUUACAAGUCGGAUUAUGUUUUCUUUUCUGGGAUGGAUCAUGUUUCCAACAUACACAAACACUGAUACCCUUAUAAAUACAGGUGGUCUUUCAUACACAAAUCACAACUAGCAGAACAAAUCCCAACUAGCACAUUCAGAAUCAAGCAAAGUUUUCAGCCAUGAGUGUGAGAUCAAGUUUCGUGGUUUUCUCGUUUUUCUUUUUGGUUACAAUAGCCUCAUCUAUUUCUCAAGCAGAAGCUCUUUCAAUUGGUGGUUUUGAACACCAUGAAAUUCCUGUUCCGGUAGUUGGCCCUGAGAGUGUGGCGUUUGACUGCAGCGGAGCAGCCUACGUCGGGGUUGCGGACGGGCGGAUUUUUAAAUGGCUUGGGGGCCAAUAUGGAUGGGCGGAGUUUGCCACAACCUCCCCAUCUAGGCCAAGAGCAUUGUGCGACGGCUCCACCAACAAAGACAAUGAGCCAACUUGUGGGAGACCCCUCGGCCUCAAGUUCCACCCCACCACAUGCGAGCUUUACAUAGCCGAUGCCUAUUUCGGGCUCUUGAAGACAGGACCUAACGGCGGGGUAGCCCGACAACUUGCAACUUCAGCAGAAGGAAUCCCUUUUCGGUUUACAAAUUCUGUGGAUAUUAAUCCCGUAACUGGAAUGGUUUAUUUCACAGAUUCAAGCUCGGUUUAUCAAAGAAGGAAUUGGGAGUCAUCAUUCAACAGCGGUGACAAAACUGGAAGACUAAUGCGAUAUAAUCCAAGUGGAACCCGCGUGGAAGUUUUGCUCCGUGGUUUGUCUUUUGCAAAUGGUGUAGCUGUAAGUCUAGAUGGUAAUUUCGUGCUAGUAACCCAAACAACAAGCAAAAACAUUCUAAGGUAUUGGGUUCGAGGACCAAGAGCUACUAAUUCAGGUGUAGGAGAACUUUUUGCACAAACACAAGGCUUCCCUGACAAUAUUAACAGAAACAUAAACGGAGAGUUUUGGGUUGCAGAGAAUAGUAAUGGAAGAGGUAAAGCAGCCAAGUUCGAUGCCUACGGGAACUUCAUGGAAGCCUUAGAUGGGCUUAAUCCUAUUAGCCAUGCCCAAGAAUUUCAUCAUAAUCUUUGGAUAGGUUCGAUUGUCAACCCCUUUGUGGGCGUUGUUCGCAACAUUUAUUAAGUUUUUUUUUAUAUUUUUUAUUAAGUUGUAGGGUAGUUAUUCUUAUGUAUUUUUAUUAAAAUUUAUUUUGUAAUUUUCUCAUU